ACCGACCUUUCUCCGCGACGGUACCUAGUAGCGCUUGCCGUGAAACUUUUCCAUUUGAGUGUACGCUUAGUGAGUGUAUAAUGUGAAGUGUGGUGCUCAGUAUGACCGUGCUACUCGUUUUCGGACUUUUUGUUGUGAUAGCCACCGCUCAUAACAUAACAUACCUGGAGGUACCGCAGUAUGGUGACCCCAGGAGGGACGCGUACCUCGCUUGCCACUACGUCAAGGAGAGAGGGGAUCCAGCCCUCCACUCCGUGAAGUGGUACCGCGAUAACAACGAAAUCUUUCGAUACAUGCCUGGCCAACAGCCCUCAACAAGAACCUUUAACACAACUGGUGGCGUUACCAGGGGAACAUGUGACGAGAACAAGUGCUCAAUAAGUGUGGCUCUACCGAAGCGGUUUAACACCAGAAUAUCAUUCACGUGUGAAGUAUCGACUGAAGGGCCUAGGUUUGAAGUUGUGAAUCAGACAAAAUAUUUAACGGUAGCUGUGACGUUAAAAGAAGACCCAGUGAUAUCGGGCCUACCAGGGAGCGUGCAAGUUGGAGAGGAUGUACUUCUGAAUUGCUCGACAGGACCGGCUAUGCCUCCAGCAAACAUUAUUUGGUAUAUCGAUGGAAGGCCAGAGAAGAUGGAGCAAUGGAUGUCAAUGAACGACCACACCGAAGUGUCAACGGCUGAUGACUACGGGCUACGGUCGAGUUGGAGGCCACUUCGCUUUCGAGUGACCACCGUGAGGGCCGCAAUAAGUCUUACGUGUGAGGCUACGCAGCCUACAAGACCCUCGUUUACUCGAUCAACCAACCUGACCCUCGCAGUGGCUCGAUCACCUCAUCUAUCUAUGUUUACUGCCUCAGGUUCGAAUCCCAGCUCAAUCACAGCAGCCACAGUAGUUGCCAGUAUGUUAGUGCAUACGUUAUCUAAAUACAGUGCCUUGAGUGAUAAAUAAUCGACGUGGUCGAUAUAUGGAGUGACGGUAUUGUAUAAAGUAAGUUAGGGUACCAUAGUACAAUAAUAAUCACCAGAAGCUGAUUGCUCGAAUACAUUUUUAUUAUUGUACUAUGGUUAGAUAAAAUAUUCCAUCCGAUUGUGCAUAUCAAUAAUGAAAUAUACGAAUCUUUUUUUAUAAAUUAUUUAUUAAAACAAUAUUUAUAAAAUUUGAGGGAAUUAAUUUGAAUAUUUAUAGAAAUAUUCAAUUAACAGUCAUAGAGUAUUAUAUUUUAAUAAUUUUCAUUGUACAUACAAUAUGUUAAUUUUUCCAACAUUAUUGAUAUGCACACUUAAGUUGAUUUUUAUAUUGUAAUCGGUGUUUCUGAUUUCAAAAAAUAUUAGCAAAAAAGGCUGUGAAUGACUUAAAUUGGUUUUUAACGCACUUAAACGCUAAAUCUGGUAUUUUUUUUUCAAUUUUUGGCUUGGUACGCAGUAUUAAAAAAGGAGUGUUUUUUCACAUUAGAGUAGUCCAAUUCACAGACGACAUAAGUAACUUUAUAAAAAAUCAUUGAAUGCAGUAAUACUGACUUUUAUAAAUAAAAUAAAGUCUUCUCUCAGCUAAAUAUCAUAACUCCUAUAUUUAUGGUACGUUCCCUUGACGUCCCAUAGUCUUGGGUCACCCUGUAUUUCUUAUUAUUUUACUAUUUUUUCAGUGACUUAAGGGCAAAAAAAUAUAGUCAUUCCACCAUCAUAUGAUUAUUUUGUAUAUGUAUAAAUAAAAAGAUUACAGUUUGAAAUAUAUUUUUUAUAACACAACCCUCUGCAGUCUGUGGAUUGGUGUUAAUAAAUAAUGAUAGAGAUGUCAAGUUGGCAACGUCGACAUAUUUAUAUUGAAUUUGACAACAAAAAAAAUCCUCAAUGGACUAUCAUGCCCUUAUAUGUCAAGUAACACGUUGUAUAUUUAAUUAUACAAUUAUUAUUAUGUGCAAGUGUAUUUUAAUUAAUUAUAUUUAUUUUUAAUUAAUUCUUGCCUUUGAGAUCUGGAGAUCAUAAUUAAGUUUAGGUUUUUGUUUCUAUUUACGGAUGGAAUAUGUAAUAUAUUUAAAUUAUUAUUAUAGGAAGCACUGAAUUUCAAUGUUUUAUAACACUUAUUUAAUAUACAUAUGUUAUGAAAAUAUAAAUGUCAAAAUUAAAAUUUAAUGUAAUAUAGUAAUAACAUAAUAUGAAAUAUAUAAAUAUUAUAACGUUUUGCAACGAAUUUUGUUUGAGUCUUGAAAUGUUUUAAUGGCCUAGGAUUUCCUUAAUCUAUAUCUAUAGGUAAGAGUAGAUUAAAUCUAUUAUUAUUUCAUUACGAACCUAAAAAUCACUUAGUUUAUGUAAGACUAGUUUACCAAUCUUUGCAUCAUAUAGCCAAAUUUGGGAGCUGGUUUAGCUGACUUGUAAAAGUUAUUUCUGAUAAAUCUGAUUUUUUUAUGCAAGUCUGAUUUUAAAACUUACUUGACAUAAAUUACGUGGCGUGAGUAUGACAUACCGUGUUGGAUUAUCUGCAAGUCAUUAUUUUUAUAGACAAAUAAGCUUUAUGCUUUAAAACAUCAAAAAAUUAGAGACAUUCUCUGACUGUCGCCCCACCAGCACCCAGACUUAUGGUAUUUUAAGUUCCAGUUAGACUUUUCUAUUUUUAAAUAAAACCUUAUUAAAAAUUAUUUUAUCUUAGCAUUAUUUUCUAUCCUUGUUAGGUUAUGAAAAUCGUAUUUCUUUGUAAGUAUCUGCAAUGAAAAUGGUAAUAAAUAUAAAAUUUAAGUCUCUAAAGAAUAGCCUUAAUAGCACUUUAAUACAAAUUGGUGAGUUCCUGUGUUUGCGUUGCCUGACUCAUUUCUAAAUGGAUUUGGGAAUAGCUUGCGAACAUUUAAUUUUUCCUGAAACUUUGCACCAGAAAAUGUUUCUCGUAUUACACGAAAAAUUUUUAAUUUCACGUGCGAAAACAAAAAAUCACACGCUAGAUGGAAAUUUUAGAAGCGCGAAUCCCCCAGAGUAAAGCCGCUAAAGAUAUUUUUUAUGCAUGAAGUUUAAUGUAAAAAUUAACGAAAACUUGAAAGCUUUAGUCCAAGUCAAAAGAAUAUAAUUAGCUUAGUGGUCCAUAGUAACUUGGGAAAAUAUAACAUAAUAUUAAUAAAUAAAACUAUUUCAAAACACUAUAAUAUAAAGUCAUUGAGGCAACGAUCCAUGUUUUUGAGAUCUAAAACUUACUGGCCAAGAAAUUAAGCAGCAGGUGAUGAUAAACUAAUAAGCACUGAACCUACCAUUAAAAUGAUACAUUGGAAUUGCAUAAAGCUAUCCAUUUACUUAUAUACAUUACAGUGGAGCUGCAACACUUUUUAAAAAUACGAAAAACAGAACUUCUAAGAAGAUUACCUGUAUAAGCAUCAUUAAUUCACUUCGAACUGUUUGAGCCAAUCGCCUUUCCCAACUUAAUCCGUUGGUGUGUUACGCUCAGUACGGAAUGGCAUAUUAGUCUAAUACCAUUACUUUCAAUUUGCCGUAAACGAUAAACAAGGAGCAUAAAACCUUUUCUUUUAAUAAAGCGCUUUGUUCCAAGGAAAUUAAGAGCUUUGUGGAUGAAGCUUUAAUGUACUCUGGUCAUGUUUAUCAAGUAUACACUAUGGUGAUUGACACUUACACAUAAACUAGAAUAUUUAACAGUGAUAAAUUGUUUUAUCCAAUCUAUUUCGUUCUGUCAGUUAGACUCUCUAACUCGAGAUCUUUAGUUAGUAAUUGGGAGAUCAAUUGUUUUUGGAUUACUUACAAGUAUUAUUGUCAGCCUUACAGCCGUAUGAAGCAAUUGAUUACUUUAUAUUGUAGUAGAAUGGAACUCUAGUUUCACAUAGAACAGAGACACAAUAGACAUUUUGAGUCGACUGAUUUACAAUAAAAAAUUGUUGCGAAAAAGUUUAUUUCCUUACCAAUCCCUUGAAAGGAAUGUCAAGUUUAUUGAACCUUAUACAACUUUAAUUUUUAUUGCACUAUGAAAAGAUGUAAAACAGGGCGUACAUAAACUAAGUGAUAUGUGCCAAAUUCUUUUAUUUCGUUUAGACUUAGUAUAGGUAGUUUAAUAAAUUAAUAAAUGUUGUAUAAAUUCUAUAUUUUUCAUUCGAAUAGAACUGAGUGGCUUUUAGUGGUUAGUUUUAUUAUUAGUUGUUUUGAAAUGUCUUUGGCCUCUUAAAUGUAAUCCAAGUAUAUGGUUUGUAUGUAGAACAACAAUGGAAAGGCUGUUAAAGAAAUGUAGUGUAUAUUACAUUGCAAUCGCUGUCUUUUAUUUAGACCUGUCUUUGCGAGAUAUAAGAAUACAUAUGAUCGAACUAACCGUGUACUACAUAAUUUCAAUAAUUUGUCUAUAAAAUACUUGUGGUUUUCCAAGGAGUAAAUCUUCACAAAACAUUAUUAAACUGGGCUUGUGUCUUUGAAUAAGGUCGAUAUAUAUAUAUAUUUGAAAUCGUUGGACAUAUAUACUCCAAAUAUAUGUCCAACGAUGUUUAAAAAAUAUUGUUCGUGUUAUAAAGAUGUAAUUAAAUGCAACGCAUUGUCAGUGUCUACUGUCUACGAGAUACCAACAUUUUCCGACAAUUUAAAAGUCAACUUCUAUUUAUAUACUAUGGCAACUCAGUUCAAUUUUAUGUGUCCGAUAAUUUGUUGUGAUUGUCCCUUUGGUGUUUAUUGUCAAUUCCUAGCACUAUCAAAUUACUCUGUGAUACAUGUAUUCAUUUAUAUGAUGAUAACGUUUGAGCGACUAUUAUUUGCUUGUAUUCUCUACGAACAGAAUAUACAUUAUAGAAGAUAAAAAGGAAAGAAGAUAUCGCAAGCGUGCAUCAAGUGUAAAAUGUACCGUACCGCGUAGUUAAAUCAUAUAUUUAACUUGUAUGUGAAAUUGAAUAAGACUCGAAGCAGAAACAAAACUUUCCAAACGUAUUUAUGUAUUUAAUUACGAAUGUUCCCAAUACCAUGCAUUGAGUAAUUUAGAAUGAGUAUUUUACAUCAAAGCGAACAUAUUCGUAUUAAAAUAUUAAUUUCAUUUAUUAAUGAUUGAAUAAUGAGUUGAAUUUGUUAAUUGCAUUAAUAAUUUAUUGAUAUGUCGCUCACUGUUGUCAUCAUUGCUGUACUAAUACGAUGUAUAUUGUCAUUGAAUGUCGUCGUGGCGAAUAAA